AGGGGCGGCCUCCGGGGCACCGGCUGCGAGCGGAGCGGCGCCGGCACCGGCACCGGGACGGAGCGGCCGGGCCGGAGAACAAUAGCGGCGCUGGGAACAAUGGAGCGGCCGCCGCUCCCCGCGUAGGGACGCGGGCCGGGGCAGCGAUCCCAGCCCGGGAGUAGCGCAGGAACCGCGGCCAGCGCAGGAUCCGCGCCUCGGGUGGUGCUGGGUGCAGGGGGUUCCCUGCUCUGCCCUGACCCCGCCGUGUCCCCCCAGCCCGGCUCCCCCCAUGCCCGGCCGGCCCCGCCAUGGAGCUCAGCAGUGCGCGGGGGAUGCGGUGCCCUGCGGGAAGGACAAAUUCAUCUCCAGGAAUGAGCUGCUCCUGCACCUCAAGACCUACAACAUCUACUACGAGGGGCAGAACCUGCAGCUGCGGCACCGGGAGGAGGAAGGGGAGCUGAUCGUGGAGGGGCUGCUGAACAUCUCGUGGGGGCUGCGCCGCCCCAUCCGCCUGCAGAUGCAGGACGACAACCAGCGCAUCCGCCCGCCACCCUCCUCUUCCUCCUGGCACUCGGGCUGCAACCUGGGCGCCCACGGGUCCGUGCUGAAGCCCAGCACCCUGCCGGACAUCCAGGUGACAGAUGUGGGCACUGCCACCAGCACGGAGAAUCCCGGGAAUGGCGCGGCCCCCAGGGCGGAGGAGGCCCCGCAGCUGAUGAGGACCCGCAGCGACGUCGGCGUCCGGCCCCGCGGCAGCGCCCGGACGGCUGGAGAGCAGCGGCGGCUGCGGCGGCACCGCUUCUCCAUCAACGGCCACUUCUACAACCACAAGACCUCGGUGUUCACACCCGCCUACGGCUCCGUCACCAACGUGCGCAUCAACAGCACCAUGACCACGCCCCAGGUGCUCAAACUGCUGCUCAACAAAUUCAAGAUCGAGAACUCAGCAGAGGAGUUUGCUCUGUACAUGGUGCACACGAGCGGAGAGAAGCAGCGCCUGCGCGGCAGCGAUUUCCCGCUGCUGGCCCGGUGCUGCAGGGCCCCUGCGAGCAGGUGUCCAAGGUGUUCCUCAUGGAGAAGGACCAGGUGGAGGAGGUCACCUACGACGUUGCCCAGUACAUCAAAUUCGAGAUGCCCAUCCUCAGGAGCUUCAUCCAGAAGCUGGAGGAGGAGGAGGACCGGGAAGUGAAGAAGCUGAAGCACAAAUACUCCAUCCUGCGGCUGAUGAUCGAGCAGAGGCUGGAGGAGAUCUGCGAGGGCCCCACGGCCAUGUGAGCAUCCCUGGGAUGUGCUGCACCAAAUCCAUCCCCAAAACGCUCCUGGUGCCCUCCUGGACGGCCCCAAACCCCCUCCCAAGCCUCCAUCCCCCCAAAAUCCUCGGGGGGCUCCUCCCAGGAAGGCUCUGGCUGGUGGCAGCUCCAGCCAAAACCUCAAAUCCCCGCAAAACACGGGGAAAAAAACACAAAAAAAAUGAGGAAAAAAAGAGGAAAUGUGUGAGCAGCACCAAGGAGAGGCUGCCAGAAUUGCAGAGCUGGGAUUUUGGGGGGCUCAGGUUGGAAAUGCCCAACUCUGGAAAAUACAGGGGAAAAUAAACCAAAAAAAAAGAGAGAAAAAAGAGGAGAGUUCCAGAGCUGGAAUUUUGGGGGGCUGAGGUUGGAAAUGCCCAACCCUGGAAAAUACAGGGGAAAAAAAGAAAAAUAAAAGAGAAAAAAGGGGAGAGUUCCAGAGCUGGAAUUCUGGGGGGCUCGGGUUGGAAAUGCCCAUCGUGGCUCCCCGUGAGGGUCCUGCUGCUCAGCAGCAAGAGAGCACAAAAAAAUUCCUCUUUUUCUUUUAGAGAAAAGCACAUUCCUGCCCUAUCACCGCAAUAAUUCCCAGGUGUCGGGAGGAUUUUGUAAAUCCCAAGGGUUGGCUGAGAUUUCGGGGGGGUUUAACCCUGACCUGGGGGCUCAGGGGUGCGUUUCCAGCCCAGGAGAAAAUCCCAUUUUUUCCCCAAAGCUGCAGCCACGGCGUGGCCCCUCCAUCCCCCCCUGUAAUUUGCACUAAUAUUUCAGGAUUUCGCAGAAAACCACGAUGUCAAACCUCUCCGGUAGCUGAAAAUGCCAAAAACCACAAAAACAAAUGGCUGAGGGCCUCGAGCACCUCGAGGGGUCCGGAUGGGAAAGGGGGAGAGGCAGGAGGAGGGGGAGGCAGAAAUAAAGAGGAUUUUGUUUUCCAAAUCCAUUUUCUAACCAGAAAAUUAUCCUGGUGAAACCAGGACCAGCACCAGCUGGAAAAUCCUCUUUCCUCCCAGGCUAAACCAGCAAUACCCAUUUUAUACCUCGAUGUGAACUUAACCUCUGACUUUCCCCCCUUCCCUCUGAGAUUUUGCAAUGCAUCUUUGUAAAUUUUUUUUCAUUUUUAAUUUUAAUGGUACCUUUUCCACCUUUAACUCACGUUGGGGAAAGUGUUGUACAGCGAGAGGAGCUUUGGAUGUGUUUGAAGGAUGAUUGUGGCACUGCUGCGUGGAUUAACGAGGAAAUAAAAUAAAAUAAAAUAAAAUAU